AUGGAUAAAAUUACCAUCUAAAAUCUUAAAUGCAAUAAGCAUCCAAAUAAAAGCCUUCAAUUUAUUUAAGUAAAUGAUGUACUAACACAACCUACUUCUACUAAACCUCUCUUUUACUGCUCUUCCUGUUUUAAUCAUGAUCUUCACCUUAAAUCUAUCAACUAUCUUAUGAUCGACCAGAUUUUGUAAGAAGCAGACACUAAUAUCAUCCCAAAAUGGCCGCCAGUCAACAAUUAUCAAAUCAUCUCAGAUCUCAUUGAUCUAACAUCAAAUUAAUCUUCACUUGACUAUGUCAAGCAAAUUACAGACUUCUUUCAUCAAUUCAAAGAAGAGUUUUUAAAUAAAAUAGAUGUUAUCUAAAAAAAGAUGAUCAAUGAAACAUUGAAAUAUCCUAUUGAUACAUAGCAAAUCCUCAAAAGAUAUUAAGAAAUUUCAAACAUUCUUUAGUUUAAGUAAAUUCUCAAUAACGAAUAAUCAAAUAACUUGCAAGACCAUUCAACUCUCUGUAAACAAUUUAUAUCACAAAUGGAGUCUCAAAAAGAUAAAAACACCGAAUUGUUGUAAAAUAUCCUUACUUAAGCAAACUAAUUGCAAACAAAUUUCAAUAUGGAAUAUCCUCACAUCAUUAAAUAGUAAUUACUUACUUUUAUUGACCAAAUUUCUUUCUUCAAUUUAGAUAUUCCUGAAGUUAAUAGUACAGAUUAUAAUAAUGCUAGAAAUUAUUUGGAAACUAAUAUUACAAAUCAAAACAAUUAAAUUGGAGGUUUAAAAUUAACAUCUGACUUGAUCAUGAAGCUUGUUUCUAACAAAUCAAACUUUUGCUCUGACUAAUUCUUAAGCAAGCUAAGCGAGAGUCUUUAAAGUAUAAAUCCUCUACUUAAAUAGUUUACUUUGAACACAGCAGUUUUCAAGGAGAAUAAAGAAUAAAUUGACUUUUCCAAGAUAAGUGAGGAAAGAAUACAUUUGAUAGAAGAAUAUGUUAAGCAUUCAUUAGCUUUGUCAAGAGGGGAAUAGUAAUAUGAAUAGGAAGUAAAAGAUAGUUUAGAAAUCAAAUAAAUGACUUAAAUUGUAGAUUCUAAAAUGAUUUUCUUGAGGUAAGAGUUCAUUUAAUAGUUUGAAAAGUUCUUAGUUGAUGUAAAACCCUUCUUAAAAUAGAUUAAUUUCACUAAUACUUUCACUGACAAAAAUAAAUUUGAUUUCUUCAGAAAUUUGAAAGAUAACAAAUUGAAUAUUUUAUUUUAGGAAAGUUUACCCAAUUUAGAUCUAAAAUUGUUUGCAACUUAGUAUAAUAAUGGGUAGAGAGAUUAAGUAGUAAAUAAAAAAGAAAAUGGUUAUUAUGAAAUUGAAAAAUUAAAUAAUGAUUCUGAUGUGAAUUGUAUAUCAAAUACAAAUUUAUAAAAAGAUUAGAAGUAUAUUUUUAGGAUAAAAGCUGAACUUCAAAAUGAAGGUAAUUCUUUUUUGAUUGGACUAAUGAGAAGUUCAAAUGCUGAUUAAACUGGAGGAUAUAAAGAAUAUUUAAGCUGUCACUUAAAUCAAUCUGUAGUUAAAUUUAAUAAUUAUGGUAUUGAUAAAUAAUUAAAGGGAGUAGGAUUUAAGACAAGUGGAGAGAAUAUGAUAGAACUCAGAUUGUGUUUGUAAGAGUAGAUUCUAGAAGUGUUAGACUUUCCUAAUUAUGAGUAUAAGCUAGGAUUAGAAGAUAAAUAUAAAGAGAAGCUUAUAUAAUUUGAUGAUCUAAGAUUUUAUCUUGACAUUUUUAGCAAAGGAAGCAAAUUAGUUUUAAUGGAUGUAAAAAUAGUGAAUGAGUUUAUAAAUUGA